AUGUCUGCGAAGGGAAAGCGGUUUCAACAGCGCCCAGGAAAAAGGGAUUUUUCCAGGAGAGACGAUAAUGAUGAUGGUAGCAAAACUAAAAUAGGGCUUCUGUCGGACAAUGUGAUGUCGUAUUACAGGAAUGUGUCUACGUCUCUUGAGACUGGUUUUGAGGAUGACGACCCAACAGUUAAAGAUAAUUUCCUCAACAAUGUCUACAACACACUGAAAGAUGAGGGAGUUCAAGUGUCCCAGAACCAGACUGUCAGUCGCAUCCUGGAGGUGCUGUUCUCUCACAGUAAGCCUCAUCACAUGAGAGAGCUCUUCUGCAAUUUCUCGGAAAACCUGACGGUCGUGACCUUUGACCGCUUUGCCAGCCAUGUGUUUCAGGCCCUAAUACUACACCUGCCAGCAAUCUACGAGGAUAAAAGUGCCACUGGAAGCACAGACAGUUAUAAGACAAGCAGUGUUCAUGCAUCAGUACAGCAGCUGUGCACUUUUACAGAGUCUCACCUGAGAGACAUUAUGACACACACAUACGCUAGUCAUAUCCUUCGCUCACUCCUCGAAGCUCUGGGAGGAGUUAAAGUGAGAGAAGAGGUUGUUCGUAGCCGUAUAUCACGAGUUCACUGCAAAGAGAAAGCCAACAACCAGAUGGAUUUGUCAUGUAAAUCAUUGUCCAGAGAUUUCAAGCAGUCCUUUGGUGCUCUCAGAGAAAAGAUUGUGCAUCUUUGUAACUUUGAAGAUCACUUGAGUGACCCAAGCUAUUGUCCUGUGCUGCAGACGUUAUUAUUGAUCCUUCACAAGACGUCCCCUGAGGAGUACAGGAGCCUGGUAAAACUGAUCCUGGAUAAGUCAUGUGUUUCACCCAAUCACGAGGAAGCAGACGUUAAUGAUGUUUCGAAAAGGCUGCCAUUGAUUGUUCAGAAUGAGGUCGGCUCCUACCUAAUAGAACUGAUCAUCUCAUUGGCUGCAGCAGAUGAACUACGUGAACUGUAUGAGCAAAUUUUCAAGGGAAAACUGAUCUACUUCGCUGUCCACCCCAUAGCUAAUUAUGUCUUACAGAAGUUCCUGUCUAUGGUUGUGGACCCUGAUAUGAUGAAAGAGCUGCUGACUGACAUCACUGGGUACCUGGAGGAUAUUCUUGCUGUCAACCACUUGGGCAUCAUCACCAAACUGGCCCAAGCUUGCAGGAACACACAGACCGGCCAGGAGGAACUGAUUAAGGCUCUUCUGACAGCAUUCCAUUGCCAGGAGCCAGUAGAAAAGCAGACCAAAAUUGUGCCUCUUAUUGCAUCAUUACAGACUUUUGAGACUUUUUUCGGUGAAGAAGAAGCAUCCAGUGAGAGUCCUGGCCACUUACUGAAGACAGUCAACAUCCACGGCUCUCUCUUGCUGCAGGAGUUGCUACAGUUUGUCAAGCCCAAGCUGGUGGUGACCAGUCUGCUCAGCCUGUCCCCGGCAGAACUCAUGGGCCUGUGCUGUGAUAAAUGUGGCAGCCAUAUUGUGGAUACAUUUUUUAGAAGUGAGAUGGUGCUGGAUACACACAAAUUUGCCUUUCUGAAGAGGUUAGAGGGGCUGUAUGUCAACAUUGCAUGUAAUAGAAAUGGGUCUCGCUGUUUGGAGAGUAUUUGGAAAGGGAGUUCACUCAAAGCAAAGACUCUGAUGGCAGAAGAGUUAUCAAAGCAUCAAGACAGGAUAGAAAGCGACCAGUGGGGACAUUUCCUGUACCGGAAUUUUGCUCUGCUCAAGUUCUCUCAGCGAAGAAAGGAGUGGAUCGAAAUUCAGGGGGUCAGCACCAAAAAACAGCAGUUGUUAAAUGACAUUCUUCAAGGUAAAGGAAGAAAGAAGAACAAGAAGAAGCAAUCCAAAGAGACAACACAAAUAAAUGAGGCAGUCGCAGAACUCAGUGUCCCCGAAGACCGUAAAGACUCAGCAAACACCGACAUGCCCAAGACAUAG